UGAUGAGGCCGGGGAGGGAGCGUUCUAGUGUUUCCGAGGGGGCGACUACUGGUGGGCGGCACUUGGGCGCUGUGAGCCAAUGGGAAGGCGGCGGGGCGGAUCGCCGGAGCUGGGCGCGCCGCUGCAGGAGGCAGGUCCUUAAUUAAGUGUCUUGGACUCCUGCUUUCUCACAAUGACUAGUAGCGUGCCUUCUGAUGUGCUUGGUCGAAGAAUUCUCUGUGAUACCGAAUACGCAACUGUGCGGUAUGCUGGUAGCGUUCCUCCCACAACAGGACUUUGGCUUGGAGUAGAAUGGGACAAUCCACAAAGAGGAAAACAUAAUGGCAGCCAUGAAGGAAUACAGUAUUUUAAAUGCAGUCAUCCUACAGGAGGAUCCUUUAUCCGCCCAAACAAGGCAGAUUUUGGAGUGGAUUUUCUUACUGCAGUAAAGAACCGCUAUGGAUUGAAUGAUGAGGAAGAUGUUGAGUGUGAGAAAGAAAAUGCAUUAGUCAUUGGAAAGAAGACUGUGGAACUUAUUGGUUUUGACUCCAUUAUAGAACAACAACGUCAGCUGAACAAACUGGUAGACAUAUCUGUGAGAGAAUGUGCUGUGAGCCAUGCUGGUCAGAAAGAGGAAAUUAGCACAACGUGUCCGAAUAUAAGGACUAUAAAUCUGUCAAAAAAUCUGUUGCCAUCCUGGGAGAAAGUAACAGAUAUUGCUUGUCAGGUUCAGAAUCUGGAAAGUCUGGAUCUCAGUGAAAACAGGAUGAAAUUUCCAUCUGUUUCUGCUUCUAUAGCCUGUACACUUUGUAAAUUGAAGCUUCUGGCACUUAAUCAAACUGGAGUAACAUGGACCGAGGUUCUUCUGUGUGCUCCAGCGUGGCCAGCACUUGAAGAAUUGUACCUUGCUUCUAAUGAUAUUACAGUUUUAGAAAGACCCAUUAAUGUUCUACAGACCUUGAAAUUGUUAGACCUUUCAAACAACCAAUUAAUUGAUGGAAAUCAACUGCAGCUAAUAGCAUAUCUCCCCAGAUUAGAACAACUAAUUCUUUCAAAUACUGGAAUUUCUUCUAUAUGCUUUCCUGAUGUUGUAUUUGGAUGCAAGACUAAAAUGUUUCCUUUAUUACAACGUCUUACAAUAGAUGACAAUAAAAUAUCACAAUGGUCAUUCAUCAAUGAUCUUGACAAGCUACAAUGUUUGCAGUCACUUAAGUGUCAGAAUAACCCUUUGAUGAGGACAGAGAAGUAUCCAGAGACAGUGAGGCAGCUUAUCAUUGCCAAAAUAGGUCAAUUGAAGGUUCUGAACAAAUCUGAGGUCUUUCCUGAUGAAAGAAAGGGAGCAGAACUUGACUAUCGCAAAAAGUUUGGCAAUGACUGGCUAGCAGCUGGUGGAAAUCAGAAUCCAGAUGAAAACAAACCAAAUGCGGAAUUUCUUGCUGCCCAUCCUAGGUACCACUUACUCUGCCUUAAAUACGGUUUUCCUGAUGAAGGUGAACUGAAACAACAGCAGCCUUUCUUUCUGAAAAAUCAGCUACUAACUUUGACAAUUAAAUGUCCUGACAAACCUGAUCAGAAACCCAUAGAGAAGAAACUACCAGAUUCUAUGACUGUUCAGAAGGUCAAAGGAUUGCUAUAUCGUCUACUUAAAAUUCCCGGUUCAGAACUGAAACUGUCCUAUGAAAGUUCUAAAGUAAGUUAAAGCUAAAGUAAUUGGUUAUGCUGUUGAAGGUGUACACUGCAUUCUAAAAUAUUAUAUAGAAUGAAAUAGAUUUCACACUCUAAAGUCAGAAGCUCUUUUAGGGCCUUAACCAACUCCUUUGGGCUUGAAAGAUUUCCAGGGGGAAAUUCCCAAAAAAGAUUUGCUCCAGUGUGUAUUUCAAAUGAGCCUGAUCAAAAUCUGAUUAUUUUUUUUCUUCUAGAUGGAAGGCAAAGAAAUUGAACUAGAAAAUGAUUUAAAGCCCUUACAGUUUUACUCUAUAGAAAACGGAGACUGUAUGUUAGUACGGUGGUAACAUUUUUUUAAAGUUGCACAGUGCUGAUCAGUCCAAGUCUACCCCAGGAGAGCAUCUACACUUUAAUAUAUUUAAAUGUUAAACAUGGAUUUUAUGGAGAGCUAUUUGAAAUAAUGUUCCUAACUCCUGCAUGUAUAUUUGCAAUAAAAAAAAUAGUAUAUAUUCAUUUA